AUGUCGCGGGGUCCAGGCGCAAGUGACCCUCCCUUGAGAUGUAACUUUAUCGAUGGCGUCGAGGCCAUCGAAAAGUACAGGCCUGGGGGCUACCAUCCCAUCGCAAUUGGCGACGUGCUGCACAAGCGCUAUCGCAUUGUGGACAAGUUGGGUUUCGUUCAUCAAGAGAUCAAGGCACUCAAAGCUCUGUCGCUGCCCCUUUCACCAUCCUCUUCCAUUCACCCAGGACGCUCUUUAAUUCCGACGCCCUUGGACGAAUUCGAGUUGCACGGCCCAAACGGAACCCAUCCAUGCUACACAAUGGCGCCCGCCCGAUGCAAUCUCAGCGAGGUAUCCUACAGUCGCCUAUUUCCACUUGAAGUUGCCCGGGCGUUAUGCUUUGGCCUCACGCAGGCAGUUGCAUAUACACAUUCACAAGGCUACGUGCAUGGAGACAUUCAUCUUCGAAAUGUUCUAGUCGGGCUCCCAAGAGCUUUUCACGAGCUGUCGGUUCAACAGCUGUAUGAUGAAUAUGGCGAGCCCGAGACGGUCCCCGUCACACCGAUUGACGGAAGUUCACUGCCUCCCAACGUCCCGCCCACGGCCGUGGUGCCCCUAUAUCUUGGAAAAGACGCGGAAGAGUUCACUCUGUCCGACACGCGUGUGCUUCUGAGUGAUUUUGGAGAAUUAUUCGCCCUAAAGUCCGAGGCACGACACGCUCGGGAUUGUCACACGCCGCUCGCAAUGCGACCGCCAGAAAGCCGAUUUGAGCCAGCUUCCCUUCUCUCCUACUCGGCAGAUAUCUGGAGCUUAGCUACCGCAAUAUGGGAGAUCAUCGGUAUGAAGGCCAUCUUCAGCAGCGAGUUUGCGACCCCCGACGAAGUGACAUCACAGCAAAUCAAUGUGCUAGGACCCAUGCCGGCAGCUUGGUGGGAGGGUUGGGAGGCAAAAUAUACCUUUUUUGACGAGAAUGGGCACCCAAAGCAGGGCACGUAUCCCUGGCCACCCCUUGCCGAGGCUUUUGAGGACGGGGUGCAGAAAUAUCGGCGAAAGUUUCAGGCAGGCAUCUUCGACCAAGAAGAAACAAGUGCCAUUUUGGAUCUUGUGCGCCGAAUGCUGGCCUUUGAGCCAGAGAAAAGACCAACGGCUGAAGAGGUCCUGGAGUCGGAGUGGAUGGUUAAAUGGGCUCAACCAGAUUUCAAGCGCAGUUUAGGAUGUCAAUAG